AUGCAGGGAGACGCUGCAGGAGGGAGGGACGAGGCGAUGGGGGAGGAGGCGGAGGCGACGGGGGUGGAGAAGUGCAGGAGGCAGUACGUGAGCAUGAUGGACGAGGGCAAGAGCCUGGAGGAGAUCACUCUCAAGAUGUUGGACGAGCUCGGCUCCACCGUGAAGCCUGCCAGGUAUGUGCCCAACGUCGAGGCCAUUCAGUGGACCAUCUCGCAGCUCCAGUCUGCGUCUCCCCCGCAGGAGCUGGACAUGGAGUGGUUCAGCGUCGGCGAUGCAGAGUCCACACAGAUAGCGCAAGUGCUCAUGACCAACACAUCAGUGACGAGGAUGAAGCUGCGAUACAACGAGAUCAGGGAUGAAGGGGCCAAGGCGCUGGCCUCCUGCAUCGCCUCGCACCCUACCUUACAAUCCGUGCAUCUGGGGAACAACAUCAUUGGCAACGAGGGUGCUGACGCACUUGCUAGGGCGAUCGCUCAGAACGGACGCAUCAAGAAGCUGGACCUUCGAUACAACAAUAUGGGACCUGCGCUCCCCCAGUCGUUCACGAGCUUGACAUGUCUUGAGUCGUUGGACAUCAGAGCCAACAGACUCGUUUCGCUGCCAUCUGGUCUGGGCGAGCUGACUGCUCUACAGGAGCUCGUCGUUGAGCGCAACCACGAUCUCAUGCCGAAGAAUCUCUCUGUGCUGUCGUCUACGCCUGAGCUUCUGGAGGCGAUAAGGCGACAGGACGAGAGCGGGACAGGCCCUUGA